AUGGCGCUUUCAAAAGAGGAUUUAUCGCAGUUGUUACUAGCUCAGCAGCAACUCUUUGCAGAACAACAACAUAAGUUGUUGGAAGAAGCAAGAGCAGAUUCGGCUAGGAGAGAAGAGCUUCUAUUGAGAAGUCUGAGCCAGCUUCAUACGAAGAUGGAGGAUGAAACCGAAACUGCAUCGGAUUUGAUUUUAUCGGCGUUAUCAAAGCGAAUUCCAGAAUUCACGUUCGAACCUGAAAAUGGUUGCACAUUCCAUGUGUGGUACCAGCGAUUCGAAGACGUGAUGUCGCAAGAGGGAUCGAAACUGAAGCAGGAAGCCCAGGCUAGAUUUUUGAUAACAAAGCUAGAUGCAGCCUGUUACGCGCGAUUGGUAGAUAAAAUCUUACCAAAAAAGCCAACAGAAUUGAAUUUAAAAGAAGCAGUCGAGAUCCUGGAAAAGAUGUUUGAACAGAAAAUGACUACGUUCAGAAAAAGGUAUGACUGUUUCAAAGUAAUCAAACCGCCCACGCAAGAUUACGCUACAUUUUCUACACUGGUAAAUCGCAAGUGCGAAAGGGCCCAAUUGAAUCAGAUGUCAGACGAUGACUUUAAGUGUUUAGUCUUUGUUUCGGGUCUCCAAUCUCCAGAAGACGCAGAGAUGAGAACACGUCUUUUACGGAAACUGGAACAAUCAGAUAGAGUGACACUAGACGAAUUAGUGGCGGAAUGUGAACUGGUUUUGGCGUUAAAAAAAGACGCGAAGCUGAUCGAACAAUCAACAUCGCAGGUCCAAGCCAUAAAGAAAAACCAAAAACGUCGUUCCAAAGAGGUCCAAAGAAUGAGACCCAAUUUAAAAAGAAGAAAGCGGUGGAAUGCUUUGUCUGCGGCGGGGAACAUUUUGCACGAGAUUGCCCAGAAACUACUAAGCCAACGAAGGGCAAAAAGUUUCAACAUAAGGUUCAUUUUAACACCAAUAGAAAACAAACCAAUGCGGUUACGGGUUCUAAGAACUUAA